GUAACUUUGGUUACCCCGUCCCCGGGGACUUGGCACUUCACAACACUCGUACACUCGACCAAUUAUUUGUAUGAUAUAACCGCUGAUUCAUUCAAUAUCGUUAAGAGCCGGUUAACGGUCUGAUGUUGGCCAUAACUCUAAUCAUAUAAAUCUGCGUUCUCUGGCUAUACCCUCUAGCGAUAGCGACACAUUCACUGAGAUUGUGUCUCUCGUUCCAAAGUUUAGCUCACAGAAAUAAUAGGUACUUGCAUUUGAGAGCUUGUAGCGCUAACCAACCGCGAUGGAGAGAAUUCAGAAGCAGCGGCCAACAUCACAGAGAUGACAGCGGUUUGUUUAAAGCAGAGGUCGGUAAAUACACCGGCUGUGUUGGCCAUUUACGAAAAAAUAAACGCAGCCGCUGCGCAUCCUACUUCGUUGCCGUCUACUUGGAAGUGAGUAAGAAUGCAUGUAAAAUGAGAAAGCACAUUCUGAAGUCAAGUCUCCUAUGACGUGGCAGCCAAAGUCACUCCCUCUCUCUUCUGCUUCUUGUAUUCUAUCAUUCUUGUAUAUCAGUUAUUUUUCGCACAGUGUAGUAGAGCUGAAGCUGUGCGGAAGCGGACUUAAGUCACAAUUACUCGCAUUUUGUGCGAACAUACCCAUACACGGCUACAUUUAUGGGUGUGCAUGCGGAUGUGUAUUGACGACACGCAUUGUGAUAAGAGUUGCGCGUAACUCGCCAUAAUCCCUUGCACACAAUUGAGUUAUAUGUAUUUAUAUUUACUUGUUUAUUCUGCCUUUUUUUGCGAAAGAAUUAUUUGCAUUCUUCCAUACGAAUAAAAUUAGCUCAGAUUUCGAUUAGUAUUGCUAUAAAAAGGCAAUGUGCGCCAGGAAACCGCGACAAAGCAAAGCCAUCGAGCAGUCGAAAGUUUGGUGUCAACGAUUACAGUGAAUUCAGUGCAAACGCAGUGUGCUAUUGGCGAUAAAAUAUCACCGGACGAAAAUAAUAGCACAUAUUUAUAUUUGCAUAAAAUCAAAAUGUUUCAACUCUUACCGUUGAUUGCGCUACUGAUCUCACUGCAAACAGUCUGCGCUAUACCACUUCGCGACUACAAUCAUGACAACGACCAAACGCCCACAAUGCACACAUAUCAGGUAUCAUCCGAAAGUGUAGAUCCUGUGACCGAUUUUCCACAUUCCGCCGACGAGCCGAUACUACACGAAUUGGACGAGGCAUUGACUAAAUUGCCUAACGUUUACAUGCAGGCUCUGUUCUCAGGCACACACACAUCCGAGUUAGAGGUGGAGUUGGACGCUUUGGAGAUGCGACUUUUCGAUCUUCUGGACUCGCUCUACAAGGAGAACCGUAUGGCGGAAUAUAUGAAAUAUGAAGCUGAGGUUACACACAAAAUGAUCGUUUAUAACUUGUUGAAAAAGCUCUUUGGCUAUGCGAAGGAAGAAUAAUAGGACUAGAGUAUGGGGAAGAAACGGACAAAACCAUAGAAGUCGCAAGUGUAAAGAUCACCAGAGCAAAAUUUGCUUUUGAUUAUUUUGCAAUGAUACAUUUGCCUGCUGUUUCGUGCAAGAAUUCGAGUGAUUUGGCUUCAUGGCCUGGGUGUGCGUACUAAAGGAAAUAAUCGUUGCCUAGCAUCAGUUGGCGAGUACUUUGGGCAUACAAAGCGGACAUUUUUUAGGUGUUUAAAUUUAAAGUGUCUAUAGUAGACAUUUUGUCCACAGCAGACAAAUUUCGUGUAUAAGUUGGCUCAUAUGCAUUUUGCUUUCGCUAAGGUAACCCGUUUGAGUAGAGAUUUAUGUGGCGGACCAAAUUUAAACUACUUUUCUGACUUAAUCAAAUGUGCGUGGAUUUAAUGUAGUUAUUUACAAAAUUAUAUAAGUGUUAGGAUAAUAUAGCUGCAUUUGUGAAAACGUACAUUUGACUAUUAAACGCUAAUAAAAGUUUUUUAGUGUUA